AUGGGACGGUCACCUUGCUGUAAACCAGAAGCGCACACCAAAAAAGGGACAUGGACUAAAGAAGAAGAUGAGAUCCUUGUCAAUUACAUCACUCUUCACGGUGAAGUCUGCUGGCGUUCCCUCCCUAAAGCGGCAGGAUUGCUUAGAUGUGGCAAGAGUUGCAGACUGAGAUGGAUAAACUACCUGAGGCCUGACCUCAAGAGAGGAGACUUCACUCGAGAAGAAGAUGAAAUCAUUAUUAGGCUUCAUAGCCUGCUGGGAAAUAACUCGACUCCACCAUCCAGUAGUACAACUGAAGAAACUCAGCCACAUUCCCAGCUUCAGCACGAGCAAAACACUGCCGUUGCAGUUGAUCUUGAGCUUUCUAUUGGACUUCCUUACUACUCAACACCAGUGCCUAAAGUUCCUGGCCAGUUUUACCGGCCGGUGACGGUGCCACCACUGCGGGCACAGGUGCCAGCUAAAGCAAUUUGUUUGUGUUGGCAGUUGGGGCUUCAAAAUAGACAGUUGUGCAAGUGCCAAAUCAAAGAAUAG